AAUCUGUCGAGUAAGGUUAAGUUAAAAAUAAACAUUUGAUAAAUAGAUAUAUUAUUAAUUUAUAUUUAUAUUUUAUACUUUAACUAGCUUGUAGCUUAGCCUUCAUCCUACACAUCACGCUAUAAGCUAUUAAAAUAAAUGUAUGUCGUUAAAAUUAUAUAGUACAGAUAACCUAAUUACCGUAUACAUAUUGAAAAAUAUUAAUUAUUACAAUGCUUUCUACUAGAAUAUUAUCAGUCCUUAAAUUAAAUAAUUUACUAAAACCACAUAAUAUGUCUGGAGUAACAGUACUUGUACAAAACCAUCAAAAGCGGCUUAAAAAUGAUUUACAUGAACCAGAUUAUCUUAUAAGUAUGGAGCCUGAUGAGCCUGUUUACGAUUGCCUAAACUUGCAAAUAAAGGGAUAUGAUUUUGCUGUAUUAGAAGCUUGUCAAGCUGAAUUACAUCGUUUUGCAGAAGUAAUGGGUAUACAAGUUGAUGAGUGUUGGGCUACACCAGCACAGCAAUUAAAAGUCCAACGGUUCAAACCUAAAAGCACGGUUAUUGAUGCUGAGUAUAACCUUAAUGUCUACGAACGAAAUGUUCAGGUUGUGGAUGUACCUGCGUGGGCGCUGGGUACAUUAUUGCGAGUAACAAGAGCGACGUUGCCUGAAGGCUGUACAUUGAACGUGCACGAACAUACUGUAGAACAUGAGGAAAUACGUUAUGUGCCUGAUAAUCAACUACUAGAACUCAAGCAGCAACUAGAAGAAAUGGGCGGCACUCGUACUGAAAAGAAAAAGAAGAAAUAAGUAACAUUAGGAGCAAUUUGUAUUUAGAUUAUUAUAAGUAGUAAAUGUAAAUAAGAAUAAUGUUCGUUUUUUAUUUUAUAAAAAAAGGUCAGCGAGUGCCCUGUCACCCAGCCACUAUGAUGAGUGGUUGGUUACUGCUGACGUGAGUGAUUUGAAACUGAUAGACCGAUUUUGAUUUUUCUUUUUGGUUGAAAGGUGAUUUUAUCGAGUGUUCUUAGCUAUGAUUCAAGAAAAUGUGUAAUAAUUUUAAAUGAAUAAUUUUGUACAGCCGACUUCAAUAUAAGUUAUUAAGAAUAACUCAAAAACUAUUGGUCUGACCUUGAAUCAAUUUUAUAUGGGACCACCCGAGAUGUACCAGCUUUCAAAUAAAAAAAAAUCAUCGAAAUCGGUUCACCCAGUACAAAGUUAUGAGGUAACACACAUAAAAAAAACAUACAGUCGAAUUGAGUACCGUCUCCUUUUUGGAAGUCGGCAGAAAAACCGCAAGCAGUCGAGUACCUUAGAAGACAAAUGACCGAUCCAUUUGUAAUCCACGAAUAUUUUGCUCUUUCACAAAAGACUUUUCGUGACUUGUAUCUUACUGGUCCUAAUAAUAUGGAACUUAUGAAACGUCUGUUUGUGUCGACCCAACGAAAACAAAAGUUGUAGGUUGUAGGUACCAAAGGGAAGCCUUCUACACGAACGACGUAUGGAAAUGGAAAAAUAAAAUAUCACAGUCUUGACUACUGUGAAUGCGGCUCGGGCAAAAGUUAUGGACCCAUUGAUCAUAUUUAAAGGAAAACAUGUAUAAACAGUGAAUGGUGAAGAAUUAGACAAAUAUGAUUUCAAACUUACCUACGCUGUUAGUCCACGGGCUGGAUGGAAACCAACAAUUUUUAUAACUGCAUGCUAAACGUAGUUAUUCCCAAUUUGGUUGAAGAAAAACCUGUAGUGUUGUUGUACGAUGGACAUAUCAGUCAUGUUGAUGAUAAAGUGGUAGCUUUAAUAAUUUUUAUAAAGUGGCUUUGUAGUUAAGUUGAUUACUAUUGCUUAUUUAGUGAACUACGCUAAAAAGUUACGAAUAAUAAAGAAAAAAGAAUUAUUAUAUUCUC